AUGAGACCGUUGAGUCAGUUAAAAUGUUCUCAUUGUCAAUAUGGCGUCUUGGCUAGUUCAAGAUGUCAAGUUUGUUCCGAAUUUUUGUGCAAUAAUUGCGUUAUAGAACAUCAACGACUACGCUUGACUCGCAAUCAUUACAUUGUACCACUACAUGACUAUCAACAGCCACGUAGUAUAGAGAGUAAUAAGUACGAAAAGAUCAUUAGAAGUUCGGUAUCAUGCCGGUUUCAUGACAAUACCCCGUUGUCGUACUAUUGCGAAACUUGCUCGACUCCUGUUUGUCAGGAAUUGCUACCGUCAUCGAAUCAUAAAGACCAUAUUAUAUGUGAUUUACAACAGCGCAUGGAGAGUUGCUUACCAACAGUCUGCAGAGCCCUUACAGAAGCUUUAAGCGGCGUUGACGAACUUGAAGCUGCGAUAGCUCAAAGUCAAGAUAUGACUGAGCGUAUCGAAACUCGCUGUCAUACUAUAACUAACUUGAUUAGAUCUACCUUUAGAAGGCAUAUGGUAGCAUUAGAGGAAAGAGAACGAGAGUUAUUACGUCGAGUUGAAAAAAUUCGUCAAGUUAAGGGUAAAAUGUUGCGUUUACAAACGGAGAAGUUGAAAACUGACUUGACAGCCACUGUAUCAACCUGUCGGAAAGUAGAACGUGUACUACAAGAUGGUAAUCAAGUUGAAGUACUCAACUGCAAGGAUACUAUCAUCUCACAGAUUAAUGAGUUAAGAAAUACUAAGUGUCAACUGCAGCCACAUGAAGAUGAUAAUGUAACAUUUACAGCACCAGAUUCAGCUUUACUCACAGCCUUGACUUGCUCGGGUAAUGUCACUAGUAGUGCUUAUGCGCCGUUAACAAUUGCUUCCGGUGACGGUACGAUUCGCGCCAUUACCGGGAAAAUGGCUUAUUUCACUAUCCAGGCUCGCGAUCAUCAUGGUGAUCCAUGUCGAAUUGGUGGCGAUCCUAUUAAUGUGUUAAUCCAAGCGCCGGAUUCUACGCUUUACUGUGCCAAUGUAUCUGAUCAAGAAAAUGGAACCUAUCUAGUAUCUUAUCGUCCUAUGGUCGAAGGUAGUCAUAUCGUUUCUGUGACCGUUCGUGGUACUCACAUUAGUAAUAGUCCCUACACUGUAUGUGUACGCAAUGGUCGCAACUAUUUAAACAUUGGCGCUCCGGUUAAGGUCUUUGGAGGUGAAGGUGAAGACGAUGGCAAGCUAUGUCGUCCUUGGGGUGUUACAGUCAAUCCUGAUGGAUAUAUUAUCGUUGCAGAUCGUAGUAAUAAUCGCAUUCAAAUUUUCAAUCCAGACGGAACAUUCCUUCGUAAAUUUGGUACACCUGGUCAACGCAAUGGCCAAUUUGAUCGGCCUGCAGGUGUAGCUACAAAUGGUCGUGGUCAAGUUGUAGUUGCAGAUAAAGAUAAUCAUCGUAUUCAAAUUUUUACUUUUGAAGGGGAAUUUUGCUUGAAAUUUGGUGAAAAAGGCAAUAAAAAUGGGCAGUUUAAUUAUCCAUGGGAUGUAGCAGUCAAUAGUAAAGAUCAAAUUUUAGUUUCUGACACACGUAAUCAUCGCAUACAGUUAUUCUCGCCUGAUGGUUUAUUUCUUAAUAAAUACGGCUUUGAAGGUGCAUUAUGGAAGCAUUUUGAUUCACCACGCGGUGUAGCGUUUAAUAACGAAGACAACAUAGUCGUAACGGACUUUAAUAAUCAUCGUUUAUUGGUUGUAAAUUCAGAUUUUAAGACUGCUCGAUUUUUGGGUACCGAAGGCUCAAAUAAUGGUCAGUUUUUACGACCGCAAGGUGUGACGAUCGAUCCAGAAGGUAAUAUCAUCGUUGCUGAUUCUAGAAAUCAUCGGAUUCAAGUGUUUGGUAGUAACGGUAACUUUUUAUGCAAGUUUGGCAGCAAUGGCAUCAACGAUGGUUGCCUUGAUCGGCCAUCAGGUAUUGCUGUAACGCCGGAGGGAUUAAUUAUUGUUGUUGAUUUUGGUAAUAAUCGAUUACAAAUAUUUUAA